UGCAUUACCCAGAGGGCAAAGUAGCCCUAUUGCACAGCAAGUUUUCGUAACAUAACUAUUGAAUUUCUGAUCUCACCAGGCUGGUGUUGAUGGACUUCUGUCCGUACACAUCCACAAACAUGAGCGACAGUCUAGACCCCCCGACGUUGCUUACGGAAAUGGAGUCGUCAACAGCCUUCUCUCAGGUCGUCUUUGUCGACGUUCCCCGCUCUUAUCCGACCAGCACAAGUGUCACCUGUUCUUACACUCUGACCGCAGCCCUGCAACCUCAUCCCAGAGACUGGAUCGGACUGUUCAGAGUGGGAUGGAACACCACUCAGAGCUACCACACCUUUGUGUGGGUGGAACCCUGUCUGGACCGAUUAGGACCGGAACCUGUGACAAAGCAAGUGGUCUUCAACGACUACUACCUUCCCAAGGACGAUGGGGAUUACCAGUUCUGCUAUGUGGAUAACAAGGGGCAGGUGAGAGGGGCCAGCACCCCCUUCUCCUUCCAGAACCCCCGGGACGACCUGCUGUACACCAGCCUGGAGAACGACCUCUUGGUCAUCUCUACAAAGGAGCAGACGGAGCAGAUGGAGAGAGAGAAGACGGAGCUGCGGCAGGAGGUGGAGCAGCUCAAAGAGGCCAAACAAAUCCUGAAGGACGAGCUCGAUGGAAGACUCCGAGAGAUCCUCAGCCUCAGGACGACAAUUGAAGAGAUGAAGAGCCAAUCAAGCACAAGCACAGAGGCAAAGCCACCAGCUGAUGUGGAGAUGGAGCAGUCAGGUCCGGAAGUCAUGGAGCAGUCAGGUCCUGAAGUAGACGCAGCAUCUGAUGUCAAGCAGGCAGAGGAGAGCUUCCCACAGUCCAAUGCCCCUCUUGAAGAGAAAUAUGACAGAGCAGUGCAGAAGAUCAAUCAACUGAAGAAGCAACGGACGGAGCUCAAAGCAACUACUGAGAACCAACAAGCAGAAAUCACACAGUUAAACUCAAAGCUAAAAGAGAUGGAGCAGGACCUCAGCAGACUGAAGGAUGACCACCAACUACUUCAGGUGGACCUCCAGAGCAGUCAGAAGGAAAACGAGAAGCUGAGUUGGGACGUCCAGCAGGUGGAGAGCCUGAAGAAGGACCUGGAGGGACUGAGGAAGGAGAAUGAGGCUCUGCACACAAGCAUGUCAACCCAGACAUCACAGAGAGACGGCCAAAGCAGUCUGAAGACACAAAUGGACACUUUGCUUGUCCAGCUCCAGGAGACGAGGGUCCAGCUGCGGCAGGAGAUGCAGGGGGCCAACGAGGCCCGUAGGCGAGCGGACCAAGCCGAACGUGAGGUCCAGAGUCUCAGGACACAGCUGGAGCAGACGGCUGCUGCCACCGCCGCCACUGCUGCUGCUGCCACUGCUGUGCCUGCCAGGGAACCCCAGAACCAGGACAGCGCCUUGGAGACUAAACUCAAGGAUGCUCUGAGGACUAUUGAUGACCAGUCCGUCAUAAUAGAUCUGGCAAAAGAAGAACAGGAAGAACUUACCAAGAAAAAUCAGGAGCUGGAGGCUGAGAUCACUCUGCUGAGAGGAGAGCUAACUCGUGCCAAAGCAGUCGCUACGCCAGCACCUGCCACCCCGGACCCUACGCUGUACCCCUUCCCCUCUUUCACAGCCGCCGCCACUGAUGGCGGACAGGACUCCCUCAUCUUUGGGAAUCCUUACAAUCCUUCAGAAGGUGCCUGUGAGGACAAGAUCCCCACGUGCCAGCAUUGCCUCAUAGCCUUCCCUGGCCUCAGCAGAGAGGACCUGACCCAACACGAGGAGAGCCACAAGGUGUGCCCCAUGUGCACCCUCAUCUGUGACGACUUGGAUCAGCAGCAGUUUGAAGAUCACGUCUACAUGCAUGACCUCUAAGGACAGUAGGUAGAGGUCAUGUGUACAUGCACUGCCUAUAGGACUGCUGUAGAUUAUAUACGGGUCAAUGACGUUUUAGGAAUGGCACACGUCAGGGUGGUGCAAGUUACCACAGCUAAUGCCACUAUUGUAUGUUUUUUUUUUUUUUUUUGCAAAAAAAUAAUUACUUCACCAAUUACUACUAUAAUUACUAUACUACUAAAUUACUUACUAUAAUUUACCAAUUACUAAUUAAUUUUUGAGCAUUAGCUGCGGUUGUACCAUCUGGUGUCAGAGCCUGACACCAUAAUUGACCCAUACAGUAGGUGCAAUACCCAAAAUACUCUGCAGGUCUGGGGGGAUAGUGGUUGUUGUUUGUAUCUGACAUAGGCACUGGAAAUGGUUAAUUACUUUGAUAGUCAGUAAUUUGCCUCUGCAUUAAUGCAAUCUGCAUUAUUUUGUUGGGAGUUUGUCCAAGUCUUUGAAUUUUAACCAAAAAAGAAAAAGUGCGUAAUUUUAAGGACACAUAUUAUUUUUAUUUUUGAUGUCAAGAGUUGUUAUUUUCUUUAAAAAAUCUGUGUCUUUUGAAAUUCAUGCACCUCUUGCUUGCACUGUAUAAGCUUAAUAUUUUAAGAAGUAACUGGAAUAUGCCGUAGCACUUUAGCCACGCAACACAGAGGAAACGGUUGGUGACCGUUGUAAUGUUGUGUAAGAACAUUAUAUGGUACAUUUCUGACAAUCUGACCUGCUGUGUUUUCUCUGAUCUGAUAAAAGUCUAAACUCAGUAAAAGUUUCUGACCCUGUUGCAAUGUCCUGACAAUAAGGAAUCCACAAAUAAAGCUUAACAUCAUUUAUUUAUCUAAAAAGGCUUUUUUGUCAUAUUUACAAAGAAAGAACUGCAUAAUCAGUAUCAUACAUAGACAUGAAAACUUACAGUGCGCUUCAUUUUCACAUAUAUUGACACCUUUGGGGAUUUUGAUGUCUUGAGGUAAACUCAAGUCAAUAACUCAAGAAUUUCAAUACCUCAAGUCAAGCCUCAUCUCAAACAAUUUCACUUCUUUCGUGCUGUUAAUGUACAGCCAAUGCAGUACAAAACAUAUUCAAAAUCCAUUAUUCUUAUCUUACAGAUAACCAACUUAGAAUUCUGAACACGAGGUGGUGAAAAAAUCUGCAUCUUCUCCAAGGGUCUUAGUGGGUCACUCAAACUCAUUUUGUAACCUCGCGUCCUCUCCUUAUGGUAGUGGCCUCGUGAUGCAAGGCAAGACAUUAUUGACAAUAGAGGUUUUAUUCAAUAUCUCGUGAAAGCGCAAUUCAAACGUCAUUCUCUGAUUUACAAUCGGGAUGUUGAGAGGGGAAAAGUCCCUGAAAAGUUGUUGUGGCUAGGCUGACAGUGGAGAAACUGUCUCCACGGAAGCGGGGUGUCAGCAAAGCACGAGGCCACAAGCAAAAAAAAGGAGAGGAUGCGAGGU